GUUGCAUGUGCGCUGUGCAGAUCGAAUGUCCGACCGAUAUCCUUCGGCCUGACGUUCUUGCGCGUCACGUCUCAGAGACGGUCUCUCCACACUUUUUUCGCGGAAAAGGCACCCAUCUUGUCUUUUCCCACCCAUCGCAUCCAACGACGGAAAUCCCCCGAAUCGCACAAUAACCGCCUCUCUCUUCAAACAAGCUCCUCAGCCAAGAUUCUCUCCGUAUAUAUACCCGUUUUAGCAGCGCUCUCCCCCUCCUCAUCACUCCCUUUCUCCUCAACCCCGGCCCCCAUCUUGCCGUACCCAGUCGAAGAACAACAGUCAUCGCGUUCAACAUCGAGUUCAAGUUCCGAAACACUUACAAUGGGCAAAGGCGGUGCUGAUUACAACCCUUUCUCGUCCGUUGGCGGAGGCCAGGGGAUGUUGCAGGCGUCGAAGUGGACGUCGUUUGCUGUCAGUUGCUUGACGGCGCUGGCCGGUGUUGCUUUGAUUGGAAUUGGUGUCUAUGGGCUCUUGAACCCUCUUGGUUCCGCAAUGGUCCCGAUGACGCUCCCCAUCAUCUCAAUCGCCGUCGGUUCCGCUGUGAUUCUCAUAUCCGUCCUGGGCUCGUUGAGCUCCUUUGCGGAGAUGCGCACCGCGCUCUGGUGCUACUUCUGGAUUCUGCUCGCUUUCAUCCUCUUGCAGUACAUCAUUGGCAUUGUCGCUUUGAGUACUCGCGGAGAUGCGAUUGACGAGCUUGCUGAUCGUCGCUGGAACUAUUUGUACUUCAAUCGACCCAAGUAUCUCCGCGACAUCCAAGAGAACUACGAAUGCUGCGGUCUCAACUACCUGGACGAUCGCGCUUAUCCGAAGCCCGAGCGCGCUCAGGACAAGUGUUCCAGGCAUCCCGACUUUGCCUACCAGCGUCCGUGCAUUGGCCCGAUCAAGGAGGAAUGGAGCGAGAGGCAGAAAGUCUUUGGAAUUACGAUCUUGAGCCUUGGUGCUCUGCAGCUUCUUGGCCUGCUUCCCAUCUAUUACCUCGCCACACGUAUCCCGACCGAGGAAGAACGCGACCAUGCUCGCAUGGAAGAGCACCGCAGGUUGCUCGAACGCUUCCAUGGACCCGGCGGUGAGGAUGGUAGAAGCACUCCUACCUCGUACGGCGGCCUCCGCGGCGAUUUGCCUGCUCAGCAUCAGGUCGGCGGCCCGGCUGGAUCGUUCCCGUACCCUGCGAAGCGCCCGGGUUCUCGUGUCUGAUGUGGUUGCAUUGAAGUUUGUUUACUGCGCUCGGUUUUGAGCCUUUGAGUCAUUCGUUUUUGGCGUCGUCCCGCGGGCAUUAUCUGAAUGCCGGCAACCCGGCUGUUGUGACCUACUAUCACGGUCCGUAACUAGCAUAGUUUGCUUUCUGAACCUAGCCGACACCUAUCUGUCUGUUGGCUACAAGUUUUGCUCCCCGAGUUUUUGUUAUUACGUCCCUAUGCACAUCAACUAUAUUAUAUCUCCCAAUUGCUUUGAUUUCCG